AUGAAUGAUAAUAAUUGUUUUGAAGAUUUGUAUAAUAUAAAUUUUGAGGAUUUUUUAAAAAGUUUUAUUUUAGUUAAAAAAGAGAAGCAUACAGUGACAAGUAGCAGUGAUUUAGAUAAUGCUAAAGUAAUUAAUUCGAAUGAACAUUAUGAACAAAAUGAAUUUGAUGAAAAACAUAAUUCAUUGUUAUUUUUGGCGAAUGAUAUCCUAAAUGACAAUCAGAGCAAUGUUCUUUUUAGAAGGAUUUACUGGCCUCUUUUAUUGGGAAUUUACAAUUCCAGCAAUUUGGACAAAUUAAUAGAAGAUAUACAAAAAAAAAGAAAUUCAUAUAAACAAGAUAAAGAGGAGUAUAUAACUAAACAAACAAAUUUAAAUAUUCAGAAAUUAGAUCCUCAAAUUUUUCAUCCUUUAUCAUCAGAUGAUAAAAAUCCAUGGACAUUAAAGCAAAAGAAUCAAGAAUUAAAUGAAGAAAUAAAGCAAGACAUUUUAAGAACAUAUUCAGAAAAAAAAAUAUUUCAAAAUGAAGUAAUAAGAGAUAUAUUAAAUAAAAUAUUAUUUAUAUGGGCCAAAAAAAACCCAUCCAUAUCUUAUAAACAAGGUAUGAAUGAAAUUGUAGCUAUUUUUUUUAUUGUUAAUUAUCGGGAACAAGUUUAUAAUGAUUUUUUAAAUUUUGAGAAUAAAAAGUAUUAUAAAGAAUAUUGUACACUAUUUGACAAAGAAGAAAUUGAGUCAGAUACGUAUAUAAUAUUUGACCAUUUCAUGCAUAUGGGGCUGAAAUAUUUAUUUACAUCCCCGGAAGAAAAAAAAAUACAGUCAUCAAAAAAUUCUUGUAAAACUGUAUUGUUACAAAAGUGUACAUAUAUAUUUCAUAAAUUAUUAAAAAAUUCCGACAAGUUAUUAUAUAACCAUUUAAUAUCCUUAAGUAUAGAACCACAAAUUUUUUUACUUAGAUGGAUUCGCCUCUUUUAUUGUAGAGAAUUUCAAAUUGACGACACAGUUAUUCUAUGGGAUAAUUUUUUUUCAGACUGUUACUUGAAAAAUUGGGAAAAUGGAUUUCAUUUUGAAUUCGAUGGAGAUAUAAUAGAAGUAGCUCAUAGGACAUCGAAUGUUUUUCCUUUAGUAGAUUAUUUUGCCAUAUCUAUGAUUUUAUUUAUUAGAUCCUUUUUAUUAGAAAGUGAUGAGAAUUAUUGUUUAAAAAGAUUAUUUAAAUACCCACCAGUAGAAAAUAUAAGGAUAUUAAUUGAUUUAUCAUUUAAACUCAAAUCAAGAAGUGAGAAGAAAGAGAAAAAUUUUAAAAAAGAUGACUCACCAGUGUCAAAUAAUAUCAAUACUGUUAACAUGAUGAAUUCCAAUAAUUUUAACGUACACAUGAAUACAAAUAUAAAUAAUAGUUUAAGUACAUUUCAAAUCAAGAACAGUAUAAAGAAUAAUGUUAAUAAUAAUACAGCAAAUGAAUACAUAGAAAGAAAUAGGUACAAAUCUAACGUCAAUAUUCAUCCUUUAAAUAAGGAAUCCAAAAAUUUAAGUGCCACAACAACGGUAGCUCACAUUAAUAAUAAGCUAAAUAAAAUUAUAGACAACUUAAAUAACUUAUCUUUUAAUCUAAUGAGUGAUAAUCAUCGCUUAGAACUUCAACAAAAUGUAUUUCAUUUGAAUGAAAUACUUCUUGAAUUAAAAAAUAUGGAACAUGGUUAUGAAGAAACUAAAUCCGAGGGCACAAAAAUUAACAAAAGAAAUGAAGAUUUCCCAAUAUAUUUUGGCUAG